CGCGCUCCGCCCAGCUCGCGGGGAAACGGUCGCGCGGCGAUGACGUCGCGGGGGCCUGGCCGGGCGUCGCGGACUCUGGAGAUGGAGGAAAAGGAGCAAUUACGGCGGCAGAUCCGUCUCCUGCAGGGUCUGAUCGAUGACUACAAAAACCUCCAUGGCAAUGCCUCUGCCCCAGGCACCUCCGCCGCUUCCCAGUGGCAGCCGCCCGCUUACAGCAGCGGCAGGGCCUUCAGUGCUCGCUGCCCUCGUCUGAGCCGGAGGGGCUUCUCCCCGAACCAUGGGCCCGUGUGGCGCAAGAAAUACUCCCUUGUGAAUCGGCCCUUGGGAUCCUCGGACCCACCCGGCGACUGUGCUGCGCAACCGCCCCUUGGGGCUGGGGGCAGCCAGGGUCCCGAGCCCCAGCAGUACAUCCUGGAGAGGCAGGUCCAGCUCAGUCCGGAUCAGAACAUGGUCAUCAAUGUCAAACCACCGUCAAAGCCGGGCUCAGCUGGCACUGCAGGGGUCCUGCGGGGCUCCUUGGAAGAAUACGGGGAUGCCCCCUGGAGCAACCACAGGCCUCAGGAAGGUGAGGGUGAGCUUCCCGGUGGGCAGCAGCAGCCCUCGAGGCCAGGAAGAGCUAAGGGGAGCUGCAGUGAGGAGGACCCCCUUCUGGUCUGCCAGAAGGAGCCUGGCAAGCCCCGGGUGGUGAAGUCGAUGAGUACUGUGAGCAGCAGCCCCUCGGAGCCCCGGCGGAUGGUCGGUGAGAGCGCAGUUGCGGCCAGGGCCCGCUUCCCGCCCUCCAGCCCGCCCCAGCGGGGCGGCACGGCCCUGGGCCGGAAGGUGGGCUCACAACCUGCGGCCAACUGCGGCACACAGCUCCUUGGGGACGGGAGAGCGAACGCCGGCCAUGCAGAUCAGUCAGCUGCCUCUGGCCUGGUGGCAGGCCCAGCUAGACCUGCUGCUGGACCCAGGCAGACCCGGGAGCCCUUGCUGCUGGUGUCCUGUCGAAGCAACAAGUUCCGGCAAAACAACUACAAAUGGGUGGCUGCCUCGGUGAAGAGUCCCCGGGCCCCUCGGAGGGCCCUCAGUCCCAGAGCAGUGGCGGAGAAUGUGUGCAAGGCCCCCUUUUCUGCAGCAGAACGAACGGAGAAGCCGCAGCUCAGAGGCGACCUGGAUGCCAAGCCCAGGAGGUCGGCCGCAGCCUCCGUGCCUGGGGCCUCCCCGAGCAAGUACAAGUGGAAGGCCUCCAGCCCCUUGGCCUCCUCGGCCUCCUCCUUCCGUUGGCAGUCAGAGGCCGGCAGCAAGGACCAUGCCUCCCAGCUCUCCCCAGUCCCAUCUAGGUUCCCCCCAGGGGACAGACCAGCAGUGGGACCCAGCAGCUUGAAGCCCUUCUUCAGUGAGACCCCGCUCUCGGCUUACAAAGUGAAGAGCCGCACCAAGAUCAUCCGGAGGCGGGGGAGUGCUAGCCUUCCUGGGGACAAGAAGAGCAGCCCCCCACCUGCUACCACGGCCAGGAGCCAGUUCAGCCUGCGGCGGAGGCAGGCCCUCCGGGGGAAGAGCAGCCCUGUGCUGAAGAAGACGCCCAACAAGGGCCUGAUGCAGGUCAGCAGGCACCGGCUGUGCUGCCUGCCUCCUGGCCGGGCCCACCUCCCCACCAAGGAAGCCUCCAGCCUGCACGGCCAGCGGACCCCUCCCACCAGCAAAGUGAUCAAGACUCGCUACCGCAUUGUCAAGAAGACCCAGGCCUCACCUCUCAGCCCCGCCCCCGGGCCCCUGGCCCCGCCCUCCUGGCGGGCACUGCGGCUCUCCCUGUCCAGGUCCUUGGUGCUGAGCGGCCUGCGUACUGCUGCAGCGGGUGGGAAAGCCCAGCCCGGCUCCCCUGGGUGGCGGAACAAAGGCUACCGUUGUAUCGGAGGCGUCCUCUACCAGGUGUCGGCCAACAAGCUCUCCAAGACCUACGGCCGGCCCGGCGGCGACGGGGGCAGCAGGCCCCUCCUGCGCGCAGGCCGCUUGGACCCUGCCAGCAGCUGCAGCCGCUCCCUGGCCAGCCGGGCUGUGCAGCGCAGCCUGGCCAUCGUGCGGCAGGCGCGGCAGAGGCGGCGGCGGAGGAAGGAGGAGUACUGCAUGUACUACAACCGCUUCGGCAGGUGCAACCGCGGCGAGCACUGCCCCUACAUCCACGACCCCGAGAAGGUGGCCGUGUGCACCAGGUUUGUUCGGGGCACGUGCAAGAAGACGGACGGGACCUGCCCCUUCUCGCACCACGUCUCCAAGGAGAAGAUGCCUGUGUGCUCCUACUUCCUGAAAGGGAUCUGCAGCAACAGCAACUGUCCCUAUAGUCACGUCUACGUGUCCCGCAAGGCGGAGGUCUGCACCGACUUCCUCAAAGGCUACUGCCCACUGGGUGCGAAGGAAGUCCUUGGCCGCCCAUCGCCCCACCAGGCAGAUGUCCAGCUGCUCCACCUCCGCGGCAGCCGGCUCGGCCUCCACCCCGCCUUCCCCACGGCUCUUAGCUGCAGCCUCAGCCUCCUCCUCCUCCGUCUCCUCCCCCCACUCCUCCUCCUCGCCCCCCUCCCCCUCCUCCCCCCCGUCCUCCCCCUCCCGCCUCUCCCCCUCCUCCCCCUCCGCCUCCCUGCCCCUGGACCUGGAGGAGCUGUCUGUGCCGGAGGAGGCUGCCUCGGCGGGGACGGGCUCCGGCAGCCUCUGCAGGCUGCCCUCCUUCAUCUCCCUGCAGUCCUCGCCAAGCCCAGGAGGCCAGCCCAGGACCCCGACCCCCAGGAGCAGCCCCACCAAGGACUCAGGGAAAUCGCUGCACAUCAAACCCCGUCUGUGAGGCCCAGGGAGCCGGCCCACGCCUACCUCAGCCCUUCAUCCCUGGAGAGGAAGGAGACUGCCCGCCACCGCCCCAGAGGAGGGACCGCUUGCCACAGAGCGCCCCCCCAGGGGCUGCAGGGCCGUCGCUCUGCUCGCCUGGCUCUCAGCCCUGCGUGAUCAGUGCCCAGGCCUCACCUCCCUCGGGCUGGGCUCCACCCACCCACCCACCCCGGGUUCUUCAGCCUUGCCCCGAGGGGUGCCCGGCAGGGCUAACCCCCAGGCCCGUCCCCACUGUGGGUGCGGCAGCGGCCAUGCAAUGCGCGUCCCCCCACCCCCACGCCGGUCCUCCCGCAGACCUCCUGCCCAGGGAGGGACUGCCGGGCAGGCCUCCCUGGCGGGUGUUUUGUGUUCAGCAAUAAAGGUUCUGUCCUGUGU